AUGUCCGUGCCGCCCCUCGCCCAAUCCGCCGCCGCCACGUGGCCUCCUCCGCCGCCAGCGCCCUCCGCCUCCAGCGCCGCCGUGUCUCGGCUCCCGGCCGCGCCGCCGCCCCCGCCGCCGGGCCCCGCCGCCCGAUCUCUGCCCCCGGCACGCCUCCCCGCCGCCGUGCCGGAGCACCGCCCCGAGCACCCCGCCUUGCCCCGCCACCGGAGGCCGGCGCCCCGCCUCCGCGCUCCUCCCGCGCCGCCGGCAAGCUCCAGCUCGGGCCUCGCCCCGCCUCCGGCCUCCCCGUCGUCGCCGGCCGUCGUCCCAGCCGGAUCCGCCGCCGGCCCCGCCUUCCGGCCACUCAUCGCGCCGCCCCAUCGCCGGAUCCGGGCGGGUGGAUGA